AUGGGUAUGGGGGCUGGGGUAGAAAAAAACCAGAGGGAGGGGGCGAUGGGUCUCGAUGGGGAAGGGGGGGAGCAUAGAAGAAAUCGGUUGCAUUGGAGCACCAUGUAUGAGAUAAGGGUAGGAACAAAAUACAAAUUGGAUUGUCUUAGAGUCUCUUCAGUUGCUCGGUUUGACAUCAACAAAGCUACAAAGCUAGACUCCGUUGAGGGUGAGUAG